AUGGGCAGUGGAGCCAGUUCUGAGAGCAAGGAGUCAGCCAGAAGAUCCAGAGAACUGGAAAAGAAACUCCAGGCAGAUGCAGAGAGAGAAGCCAGGACAGUCAAACUCCUACUGUUGGGUGCUGGAGAGUCAGGGAAGAGCACUAUUGUAAAGCAAAUGAAGAUUAUCCAUAAAGAUGGUUUCACUUACCAGGAACGCAUGGAGUUCAGACCUGUCAUUUACAGUAAUACAGUGCAGUCUAUCCUGUCAAUUGUGAAAGCAAUGAUCAAGUUAGGAAUCAGUUAUGAAAACCCAGCUAGAAUUGAAGACGAAAGGAAGCUGUGUGCCAUGGCAACAGCUCUGGAAGAUGGUGACAUGUCUCCUGAAUUGGUUGAACUCAUCAAACAGCUGUGGAGCGACGGGGGGACCCAGGCCUGCUUCGCAAGGGCAGCAGAGUACCAGCUCAAUGACUCGGCAGCCUAUUACCUCAACAACUUGGAUAGGUUAGCAAUGCCAAACUAUGUGCCUACUGAGCAAGAUGUUUUGCAUUCCCGAGUGAAAACAACUGGGAUUAUAGAGACUCAGUUUUCUUUCAAGGAUUUGAACUUCAGGAUGUUUGAUGUGGGUGGACAGCGAUCAGAGAGGAAAAAGUGGAUUCAUUGCUUUGAAGGAGUUACUUGCAUCAUAUUCUGUGCUGCACUCAGUGCCUAUGACAUGGUUCUGGUGGAAGAUAAAGAAGUGAACAGAAUGCAUGAAAGUCUUCAGCUGUUCAAUAGCAUCUGCAACCACAAGUGCUUUGCAGCCACUUCCAUUGUGCUGUUCCUAAACAAGAAAGACCUCUUUCAAGAGAAAAUAACAAAAGUUCAUCUGAAUAUCUGCUUUCCUGAGUAUAAUGGCAGUUAUGAUGUUCGUCCUAGGCCAUAUAACUGUUUAAAAGUGCUAUCAGCCUGGAAAGGGCUAGAAAAAGUCUUCUUGCCAGGACUGCUGGUAAAUGACGGGGUGCGGCUUGGUGAGCAGAUCUACCAGAAAAUACAUGAGCCGGAGGUGCCGGCGGCUGGCGAGCUGAGAUUAGGCCUGCGUGCCCACGCCACGGUUCCCUUCGGGCUGACCGUGCCCAGCAGCGAGUACCGCGGCACACCGGCCCUGCCCCUGUCGGGCCUUGCUCGUACCCCUGCCCCUUCUCGCCGAAGGGGUCAUGACGCCAGCGGGGUUCUGUUCUGUUCCCCCCGAAUCCCGCCGCCCCGGGGCGGUCGGUUUGGCGCGCGCGGCCUCCACCGGAGGGUCAGGCAGGAGGGUCAGGCAGGAGGGUCAGGGAGCCUGUGCCGGCUGAAAGCCCCGGCAGGCAGAGCGAGGGAGAGCUGCGCCAGCCCCUGGGGGAGGAGGGGUAGGUGGGGGGUGGGCAGUGACUCGAGGAGGGACGGUCUGGUUACGGCCUCUGGUGUCACUGGGUCUUGCUCAAAGGUGGCGUGA